CUUCUCCCUCUUCUCAGAGCUCUCCAGAAAGUUCUGCACGGCUGUGGAGCGGCUAUAAGACCCAGCCAUCUUCCGUCAGCGGCCACACUGAGGAGGAAACUCGAGCGAGCAAGCAAGCACUCUUGGAUAAGCGAUAAGACUUGCUAGCUAGGCUGUCACCAUGGUCCACGAAACGGGUUACUACGACCUCCUUGGUGUCAGCCCCAAAGCCACGCAGGACGAGCUGAAAAAAGCCUACAGAAAGCUGGCGUUGAAAUAUCAUCCCGACAAGAACCCCAGUGGAGGAGAAAAGUUCAAGCACAUCUCUCAAGCAUAUGAGGUGCUGUCAGAUCCAAAGAAAAGGGACCUAUAUGACCAAGGCGGAGAACAAGCAAUCAAAGAAGGAGGAAUGGGUGGAGGAUCUUCGCCGAUGGACAUCUUCAACAUGUUCUUUGGAGGUGGUGGAAGGAUGCAGAGGGAGAGAAGAGGCAAGAAUGUUAUCCACCAGCUCAGUGUCACACUGGAGGAGAUGUACAAUGGCAGCACCAGGAAGCUUGGACUUCAGAAGAAUGUCAUUUGUGAAAAAUGUGACGGUUAUGGUGGUAAGAAAGGUACCCUCGAGAAGUGCUCAACAUGCAAAGGUAAAGGAGUACAAAUCAGAGUGCAACAGAUCGGACCAGGCAUGAUCCAGCAGAUCCAAAGCAUGUGUUCAGACUGCCAGGGACAGGGCGAGAAAUUUAACUCAAAGGACCGCUGCAAGAACUGCAAUGGACACAAAGUAGAACGGAAGAAGAAAAUUAUUGAAGUCAACAUCGACAAAGGUAUGAAAGAUGGUCAGAGAAUUACAUUCCAAGGAGAAGGUGACCAGGAACCAGGACUAGAGCCUGGGGAUGUAAUUAUUGUGCUGGAUCAGAAGGACCACGAUGUUUUCCAGAGGCAAGACAAUCAUUUGGUGAUGAAGCUGCAAAUCAAACUGGUCGAGGCCCUGUGUGGUUUCAAGAAGACCAUUCGCACAUUGGACAACAGAACGCUCAUCAUCGGCACACAGCCAGGUGAGGUAAUAAAGCACGGCGACGUCAAAUGUGUUCAGAAUGAGGGCAUGCCACUGUACAGGGAUCCGUAUGAGAAGGGAGAGCUUUUCAUUCAUUUCGAGGUGGAAUUCCCAGAUAAUCACUUUCUCCCGGAGCACCUCAUGUACCAGCUGGAACGACUGCUUCCUCCCAGGGAGGACUUGAUGAUCACAGAUGACAUGGAGGAGGUGGAGCUCAGCGUGGUGGAUGUGCAGUCACAACAGAGGAGCCGCAGCAGAGAAGCGUAUGAGGUAGACGGCGAUGAUGACGAGGGUCCCAGAGGCGGAGUGCAGUGUCAGACACAGUGAUCAAAAAGUCUGUGAUAGAAAAUAUGUUGUAGAUAAUGUGGGAUUCUUUUUGUUGUUGGACUGUCCUGGCAUUCAAAUAUCCAAGUGGUGUACUCACAAAUUUAUCAGAACUGUGUUUUGGUGUUCUUGUCUUCUCUGUUCACUAUUUAAAAUCAGUGUCUUUUAUAUGUUUUGUUUCCCAAAAAAAAUCUAUGGCACAAAUGUUUUCUUUUCAUCCAGACUUGUAUGCUUUCUGUGAAGGUAAUUUCAGUUGUGACAAACAUUUCGGUUAUUUCUCAAUAAAACUACCGUGAUGCCUCAA